CAGGCUUUAAAAGUUAUAUUAUCAAGUAGAAAUUUCUUUGCCUUUGAAAGUAACAUGUCAAAUACAGCACGUCUGUUCUGCCACUAACUUAUCACAUUAUCAAAGCCAAGUAAAAACUUUCCACUGUGAUGGGUGACUGCAGAACUCUGAAGUUAACCCUUACACUCUGGAUCAAUUUGUAACCUUCUUUAACAGCCACGAUGAAGCAGACCUACGCGGAGACACCCCUGCACAUGCUCCAGCCCAAGGCCCUCUUCGAUUUCGCAUCCCAGACUCUUGGAUUUGUCACUCAGUCACUCGGGUACAGGCAGCCAGACUCAUACUCGACCGACAACGAGGACAAUUCUCUGUGCCACUUCGAUGUCCGUGAGAAAGACGAGGAGACCGGGUUGGACAUUUACACUCUCAACGAGGUGGCCGAUCACGAGACCUUUGAUGAUUGCUGGAUUGUUCUCUUUGAUAAAGUGUUUGACAUGACUAACUUCCUGUUGGAGCACCCCGGCGGCGAGGACGUGAUCUUGGAGAACGCCGGCAGGGACGCCACCCUCGCCUUCCGCGGCGUUGGCCACUCCACCCUCGCCCUGCGUGCCCUCGAUGACUACUUGAUAGGCAUUGUGUGCCACGGGGAGAGGAUCUACACCAACCAAAACUCAUACAGACGGGAGACACGAUAAGGAUGCAGCCAUCAAGACCCCACACCCCACACACCCUCAUUGAGAAUGAAUGUGUCUAUUAGAGUAGAAAAGGUUUAGUCAUUACCUCACCAUCAUAUUUACAUCGCCAACAUUUCACUGUAGAAUCAUACUGAUAGUCCAAAGCCAUCAUCUUCAUUUACUCAUUUCAAUAAUCAUGUUUAAAUUAUAAUGCACGGAAGUGUCUGGUUCAGAUACCUGAGUUACACCUCGCUUCACUCCGCCCCUUCCAGCCAUAUAGUUACUUAUAAGGUAGAUCAAGUCUUAUAUUUGUACUAUAUUUUUUGUAUAAAAUAUAUACAUAAAUAUAUGUAUGCAAAGUUA